UCCGUGGUGAAAUCCUCGCGUUUCUUCUUCUUCUCUGCUCUCCGGCGGAGCUUCGAGCUGCGUGUCGGACAGAAACCUCCUCCUCCUCCUCCUCCUCCUCCUUCUCACUCACUGAAGGAGUUUCACUCCGGAGCUCGGAGGCUCCGCGUGCACAGCGCGGGAUGCAGCACGGACCCACCGCGCGAGCCUGCAAACUUCAGAACGGAUCUAAAAACUGUCUCCAUCAUCAUCAUCACCAUCAUCAUCACCAUCAUCAUAAUUGCCCUCUGUGGGACUGAUCGAUGAGCCAAUCAGAUCCAUUAAACACGGAUGGAUUAACGCACGAGGAGCGGCGUCUUUACGAGAAGAUCAGAGAGAUGAGGCAGCCCGCGUGCGCCUUCUGAGCAUCAUUGUGGCUCCUCCCCCUGACAAGCCUGGACAAACACGUACGUCUUUCAUCCCGUUACACAUCCUGCAGCCAGCAUGCCCAUCAUCAGUAACGCUAAUCAUGACUUCAGCACCUACUCCAUCAGCAGCGACGACAGCAGCCUCGAUCGCUUCUUCACUGAGAUCCCAGAGACCGAAACAAUCAAAGGUGUAUACUUCAAGCGCGCUCAGCUGCUUCGAGACCCCAAGGCUUCAUACGUGGUGGACCACACCCUUCAGGUCCUUAUCAAUGUCGGUGGAAACCGCUACACCUUCCCCUGGAGCACCUUGGAGCAGUUUCCCCAGAGUCGUUUGGGACGUCUGCGCUUCUGCACCACCCCGGAGGAGAUCGCACGGCUCUGCGACGACUACGACGAGACGUGCCAGGAGUUCUUCUUUGACCGAAACCCGACAGCUUUCAGAGUCAUCCUCAACUUCCUAGCUGCAGGGAAACUACGGCUACUUCGAGAGCUUUGCGCCGUGUCGCUGCACGAUGAGCUCGACUACUGGGGCGUGGACCCGGGUCACAUGGAGCGCUGCUGCCGCCGUCGCAUGAUCACCCGCGUGGAAGAGGUGGCCGAGCGAGAGCGCAAGGAAGAGGAGUGGAGGCAGAAGAGGAUGAUGCUGAAGAAAAACACCAAGCAGAGCGAGAAGGGAUAUCGUAGAUUGACCGUGAAGCUACGAGAGGUGGUGGAAAACCCUCAGUCAGGAUUGGCCGGGAAGGUGUUCGCCUGCCUCUCUGUCGUCAUGGUGAUGGUCACCGUCAUCAGUCUGUGCAUCAGCACCAUGCCAGACCUCCGGGAUGAAGAGACCAAGGGCGAGUGCUCCCAGAAGUGUCGCAGCAUGUUCGUGGUGGAGUCCAUCUGCGUGGCGUGGUUCACUCUGGAGUUUGUGCUACGAUUCUUCAACGCUAAGAGCAAGCUGGCGUUCGCCCGAGGCCCGCUCAACAUCAUUGACGCCAUCGCCAUCCUGCCGUACUACGUGUCGCUGGUGUUCGACAUCAAAGACGAGUCAGAGGAGGAUGUCAUCAUGGGGGCGGGCAGAGGAUACCUGGACAAGCUGAGUUUGAUCCUGCGCUUGCUGCGGGCGUUGAGGAUCUUGUACGUGAUGCGUCUUGCUCGCCACUCUCUGGGCCUGCAGACGCUCGGAAUGACGAUGCAGCGCAGCAUCCGCGAGUUUGGCCUGCUGCUGCUCUUCGUCUGCGUCGCCGUCACCCUCUUCUCACCUCUGGUUCACCUCGCAGAGAGCGAGCUGGCACCAUUCGCCGCCACCCACCCUCAACACAGCUUCAGCAGCAUCCCCGCCUCCUACUGGUGGGCAAUCAUCUCCAUGACUACGGUGGGAUACGGCGACAUGGUGCCGCGCAGCAUCCCCGGACAGAUCGUCGCCAUGACCAGCAUCCUGAGCGGCAUCCUCAUCAUGGCGUUCCCCGCCACCUCCAUCUUCCACACCUUCUCCCGCUCAUACCAGGAGCUGAAGCAGGAGUACGAGCGGUUGUGGAAGGAGGAGCGAGGAGAGGAGAUCGCCGCAGAGUCAGAGGAGAGCUGGUCCAAAGUCGAUAUGUCUCCAGACGAGUUCCUGACAGAGUGUAAGGACGACAAAGACAGCGUGAUGUCAAACAGUCGUCAGCCCACACUCCCGUCCACAGCGUUCUAACAGAGAGAGACUGCAGGGCUGCAGGGACCGUCAGAACAUCUGAGGUUCAUCUAAACCAGAUCUGCACAUAACAACUUUAAUAUUACUGCAACUGUUGUGCUGAACUAACGAGGAUACAAAUAUGAUGUAUAUAAUAUUUAUAUACUUCCCUGUAUCAUUUUCCAACAUUAGUAAUAGACACGUUUCAGGCUGUUUAUUUUAGCGUAAGCUGUUAGCACUUAGCAGCGUCAGAUGUCUUUCCUUGGUCAACAUCAGCAGAAUUUCUUGCUGUUGCUGUUUUUCGUUUCUUCACGAGUCGUGUUGUUGUGACCAUGGACGUAGAAGUCGAGGGAAAAGUGGGACUGACUACCCAUGACCCGGAUGGAGGAAGGGAACCUUAAAUACACCUAUAGUAUUAGUCUGAAUUUGUUUCUGUCUGAGUCAUAAUUGUGGUAGUAAAGCGAAAGUAAAUUGAACAUGAUUCUUAACUUUUUAAUGUUUAAAGGUCCAGUCAGUGAGAUGUGUAGUGAAAUGAUAAAGUGACCUUACUAUAUGAUCAG